CCUCCAUUCCUUUUUUUACCCGUGUGAGCGUGUACUUUGCUGAUAUUUGCUGCAGCCAAUGUUCCCGCUGCUGGUACGAGAGACAUGGGCCCUUGCUUGUGGGAUCGUGUCUUGAUGUUUCUGCAAUUACUGGCUGAAAUGGCAUCGAUUCCGGUGCGAAGCGGAACUGGGGUGGACAAGGUGGCACUACCGACCGAGUUGCGAUGGCCAGUCAACGGUCUGCGUGAGACACUCAAUAAAGUUGGUUAUGGUGGUCGCCGUCGCCGUCGACAACCAGCGGGUCACGUCCUGCAGCUGCUUCGGCCCAUGGCAAUGUCGAUUCCUUGGUACGGGGAAGCAAGCAAUCUUGCGUGGUCUGAGCCAGCACCCGGGGUGGUCUUGGCCUUGCACUUGCAAAAGUAAAUAUAUCCAAAGUCAUCC